AUGAUGCAGCGAAGCGCCAUGCCUCCCUCCCUCUCGGCGCAUCAUAUAGUACAUGAUCCGGACACAGACGACGAAGACCUCGACGACGCUGCAAUCUCUUCAGACGGCGAAGACGGCGGCAGCGAAGCCGAUCCUCGAGAGCACGCCCAUGAGUCGACGGGUCUCGCGAGGCGGGCGUCCAAGGAGAUCGAGAGCCUUGGUCUCAGAGAUGUUGCCGCACUGUCAGGUGAAUCGGCUGUUGAAGAGGCGGAGCCACAGGGCAUGCUCGCAAGAGACAAGCAACGACGCACCACCACAUACAACUACCAGCUGGAGAAGCAAAUGUCGCAUGUAGAAGCCAAGCAGUUCUAUCAGCAGCAGCAGAGGCAGAACACCAUGUACGAUGAGCAGACUGCCACGCCCCUUACCGGCAGCCCCAUCAUUCGCUCCAAGACGUUUGGCUCGCACAUGGGAGAACCCUUCCAAAGAAGCGGCAGCACCCGCAGUAUGAACAGCUUCAAAGAGCCAGGCUUUGCCUCUGCGCUUCCCGUGGGCCUCAGUGACCCUCAGAAGGACCCGAACAGUUCUACUAUUCAAUCGCCGGGUAUUGGACGCUUCGAGGGUGCGAAUGGCAUUCAUUCUGCUGCAGUGAAAGACGAGGAUCCAGCCGUGGCCGACAAAGCUGCACGAGCCCAUGCGCUACACCCAGGCUUGCCGCAUGAGUCCAAGCCGAUGCUGGAGCAGGAAGGCAUGCAUGGUGCAGGAGCAGGCAUUGGUCAAGAUGCGCCGAACGACUCCAGUGUUACGACGGAGCUUAGCGCCAUCUAUUCUAACAUCCAGAAAGUCCUCGAUCUGAGACACAAGUACAUCCGUCUGUCCCUACAGGGCCCUCAUGACAACCCAAAGGAUGAUCCGGGAUGGAAUAUCUACCCUCCACCGCCCGAGCCGGUAUGGCACGAGAACAAGCAGCGGACGGACAAGCAUGGCGAGCCAAUUGACGAGGAUGUCAAAACGCCAGUUACUCCCAGGCGAAAACAACGUAAAAUGGGCCAGGAAAUUGGCGAGGACUUUGAUCUUGACGACUGCCUGCCGGUGCCAGAAGCUGGGGAAAUGUCUUUCAGGCUGGACGACAAGGGAGUAUACCAAGUAUACGAGUCUGCAGCCGCUGUUGAGCUUGGGGAGCCCAUCUUGCAUGUACCGGAUAUCAGGGAGUAUUACAUGGACCUCGACAGCAUACUCAGCAUAGGCUCCGAUGGGCCGAGCAAAUCGUUCGCUUAUCGUCGCCUGCAGUACCUGGAAGGGAAAUUCAACUUGUAUGUUCUUCUGAACGAGUAUCAGGAGAUUGCAGACACAAAGGCCGUGCCGCAUCGUGACUUCUACAACGUGCGAAAAGUCGAUACUCACGUUCACCAUUCUGCCUGCAUGAACCAGAAACAUUUACUGCGCUUUAUCAAAAGUAAGAUGAAGAAGUCACCCGACGAGGUCGUAUUGUUUAGAGAUGGAAAAUUUCUCACGCUUAAGGAGGUGUUCGAAAGUAUCAAUCUCACAGCAUACGACCUCAGCAUUGACACCCUGGAUAUGCACGCCCAUACAGACUCCUUCCAUCGAUUCGACAAGUUCAAUCUGAAGUACAAUCCUAUCGGUGAGAGCAGACUGAGGACAAUCUUCCUCAAGACAGACAACCACCUGCAAGGCCGAUACCUUGCAGAGCUCACCAAGGAAGUCAUAUCCGAUCUGGAGAGUAGCAAGUAUCAGAUGGUAGAGUGGCGUAUCAGUAUCUAUGGGCGGUCAAUGGACGAGUGGGACAAGCUCGCUGCUUGGGUGGUAGACAACAAGCUGUACUCGCCCAAUGUUCGCUGGCUGAUCCAAGUACCGCGACUGUACGACGUGUACAAAGGAUCGGGCCAGAUGGAGAGCUUUGAUCAGGUCAUUAAGAAUCUGUUCCAACCACUUUUCGAGGUCACGCAAGAUCCCAGCAAACAUCCUAAGCUGCACAUCUUUCUGCAGAGAGUUAUUGGCUUUGAUUCUGUCGACGACGAAAGCAAGACCGAGCGCCGGAUCUAUCGCAAGUUUCCACUGCCAAAGGACUGGAAUACGAAGCAAAAUCCGCCAUACACGUACUGGAUCUACUACUUGUUCGCCAACAUUGCAUCACUGAAUGUCUGGCGCAAACAGCGUGGUUUCAGCACUUUUGUCCUUCGCCCACACUGUGGUGAGGCUGGUGACACGGAUCACUUGGCUGCCGCUACGCUGUGCUGUCAUAGUAUUAGCCACGGCUUGCUGCUGCGUAAAACUCCAUUACUGCAGUACGUUUUCUACUUGGAACAGAUCGGUGUUGCGAUGAGCCCACUGAGCAACAACGCUCUUUUCCUGGCAUACGAACGAAACCCUUUCCUGCAGUACUUCCGACGUGGUCUCAAUGUCAGCUUAUCGACAGAUGAUCCGCUACAGUUCGCGUUCACCAAAGAACCACUCAUAGAAGAGUAUGCGGUCGCGGCGCAAAUUUACAAGCUAUCGGCAGUGGACAUGUGCGAGCUGGCGAAACAUUCAGUCAUACAGUCCGGCUUCGAGCAUGCCAUGAAGCAGCGAUGGCUUGGUAACAACUAUCAUUUGGCUGGUGUCGCUGGCAACGACAUGGCUAAGGUCAACGUACCCAAUAUCAGAGAAGCUUUUCGACAUGAGACCUGGCUGCAGGAACUUGCCAUGAUCGACCGCUACACCAAUGCGCCAAGUCAGUCGCGCCUCAGUACAACAGCGCUGGCUCCGGGUAGGCACUCCAAUAGUGCUGCAGCAGUACCCGCAAGCCCUACAGCGAGUAUGAAGACCAACCCUUCUGCUUCAAAUCCCAUGCAUGGUGUAGAUGGAUCGAACCAGCCGGGCGGUGCAAGAUACCAGGACCCCAACGCCGCAGCUACACCACAUUCCUACAGACCCAAUGCCCAGGCGGCCCGACUUUCCACGACAAUGUCCCAGCUAGACCUUGGCCAGCAAGACGGGGCUUCGGGCUACCAGUCUCGAGGUACCAACGUCCGCGACUAUGGCCAGCCUUCACGUUCGUCGACCCUUCUAUUUAACUCACCUGCAGUGGACGACCCACAAGGAACAUUUCCACCUCUCCCGCAAGCAGCAGGAGAAGGCACCAAUCCAGCUGCGGUCCUGCAGCCAGCCUUUGGAAGCACUCUUAUUCACGGCUCGGAGCCAAGAAUGUUUCCGGGCGUUGUCAGUCGGCGAAGAAAAUCGUCCAUCGUCAGCCGUCCGUUAAGUCAAAAUAUAGACGGGGAGAGUUCUGAGAAUGCGUUGGAAAAGAGCACUAGCACGCUGUCAAGAUCACAGGGCGAGGACGCUCUGAUGAUGGGCUUGGAGAGGAGGAACACGAUUGAAGAGACGGCAGCUGAGAGUGAAAACACUGACGACUGA